AAUGCUCACUUGAGUGCCAUUCCAUCGACCGCAAGUCCCUGGACGCGGACAGGUCCCCGACUACCUCACUCAUGGCGGACGCGAAGUUAGGCAGCCUGGCCGCCAAGGUCGUCCUUGAUCGGGGCAUGAAACCCCACUAUGGACCAGCGGACGCAGUCACUGGCAACGUGAUUUUGUCCUAUAUGCCCUACAAGUCUCUAUUCAAGUCCAGUGUGGCCACCGCGGACCUCUUCGGACCACUCAAACUCGAGGCUACUCUAAGGGGCAAGAUCAAGAUAUCGGUCAAACGAGAUCGAGAAUUUGCAACCGACUGCGGCGCGCCUUUGUUCAGGCAGGCUUUCGAGAUCUUCGAUGGAUCGUUCAAAGCAGAAGUGGGCCAGAAGUACGAAUUUCCGUUUACGAUCAACUUCCCGGAUACAGUCAAUGGCGUUGCAUUACCACCCUCCUUCAGCCUCUACUUCUCCGACUAUCCUGACAAGGUGGAUUGCGCCAUCUCGUAUCGCGUUGGGUGUAAAUUUCAUAUGCCCGGUAUCGAUAUCAAGACGAGCUAUGCCGACUGGAACUACUCGGAACCCAUCGUCCGGCUUGACUAUCCCAGACCACCGCCUAGCGUGUUCUCAACUCCCGUCACGACCUUUCACCACAAAGCAAAGACAAAGGCCGCCUUUAAGUCGAACAACUACCCAACAUUCGCGUGCCGAUUAAGCUGUACCGAACUGCAAUACAUCUACCCUGGCUUUACUCCAGCGUUUGUAAUAACGCUGCGGCGCUCGGACUUGGAGACGACUGCAACUUUCAUCCCGGACAUCAGUCUCGUGUCGGUCAAGACGGAUCUCAUCGCUGACACAAUCGUGGAUACCAGUGGACGUCUGCUGGCUUCAUCGACCUGUUCCGAUAGCAUGACGGCGCAGAAAUUGGUAUGGAAAGCGGAUCCAGCCAAUCCCUUUUUCCUGUCAAAAGCCAACGACUACACCGCGACCGUACAAACGGACAAGAUCUUGGGUCACACCAGCACGUUCUCUCAUACCCUGGUCGCGAGAUCAUAUCACCUCCGUGUCAAUGUCAGCCUCAAGAUUGCAGAACAACGGGUUGACUUCAGUCGGAUAUUUCCCGUGGUGAUGUUGCCCCGUCCCUCGGACGCGGUCCCAUACGAUUACGAAGAGACAGUAGAGGCUGGCCCGUCUCAAAUUGACCGAGGUGAGGACGAAGACGCAGACUUGCCGGCUUAUCAUGAAAUCGAAGCAGCGCCUCCCGCAGUCACGAAGGCCGUGGACGGGUAG